GAGCAAACUCUGUGCAGACUGUCACCGGCAACGGGGGAGGAAGGUCACACGUCCGCUCCCUCAGGCUCUCCCUCCUCAGGAGCAGCUCCGUCCCAGCAGGAUGCCCGAGGGUCUGGGCUCAUGUGCAGCGCUGCUCUGCAGGCUCCGUGCUCCCCGCAGCGCCACCAACACGGGCUGUGCGUGGCAAACCGUUUGCACGCCGUGGCACAGAGUGCCGGGCUGUCCUUGGGAAUGCGCUCACGCGGAGGAAGCCGGAGUAGCGAGAUGUUGCUCUCCAGGAAAAGCAAUCUGCAGAGGUGCUUCGCUCAGCUCCCGGUCCCGGCUGUCCCAGGGCCAGCAGGCGCGUGACACGGAGCCCCCCAAUGCCGUGCCGUAACUGGGCUGUUCGCACCCCCUGUGGCCGGCUCUGCGGGAUGCUCGGGCUAAUUGCAUAGUCCUUCUCAUGCCGGCCGGGAGCUGCUGAUCGGCUGGUUUUAACAGAGUCUGCUGAAUCCCAAGGCAGCUGCUUCACCUUCAGGCCGAUGAGCGAUGUUUAGGCAGCAAAGGAGAUGGGCUAAUUUCCAAAACCCUGCAGGACGUCCUGAGCUCCCAGUCGUGCCAGCAGGAGCAAGACCAGCUCUGUCUGAGCGUUGGACCCAAAGGUGACGCAGGCCCAGCGGGAGAAGGCCAUGGUGCGCUACUUCUCCAAUGGCUCCUUGAUUCCCAGGGAGUUGCAGGGCCCCUGUGCCCACUCCCUGUGCUUCAGGACGAGGGCUUUGUGGCUGCCGCAGCAUGGUACAAGCCUGCUUGGUGUGCUCCAGAGUUCAUAACGGCAGCCUGACAGCCCGGGCAGCCAUGGCAGACACGGACAAGACAGACAAGCCCAGUCCCUCUGCCAAGAAGCACGUGCGCCUUCAGGAGAGGAGGGGAUCCAACGUGUCACUGAUGCUGGACAUGAGCUCACUGGGGAACGUGGAGCCCAUCCAGCCCAUCUGCACGCCACGGGACAUCACACUGAAGUUCCUGAGGACAUCCAGCCAUGUGCUGAAGAAAGAGGAGCUCCAGCAACAUGCCCAGAGCCUGGCACAGCUCCAGGAGGAGUUUUCGAAAAUCCCACCCAACUUCGUCAGUCCAGAGGAGCUGGAGAUCCCUGGACGUGCCUCCAAGGACAGAUACAAAACCAUCCUCCCCAAUCCUGAGAGCCGGGUCUGUCUCAGGAGGGCAGGGAACCAGGAGGAAGACAGCUACAUAAAUGCCAACUACAUCACGGGCUAUGCGGGGCAGCCCCGGGAGUACAUUGCCACCCAGGGACCCAUGCUGAACACUGUGACCGACUUCUGGGAGAUGGUGUGGCAGGAGGAGGUGCCCCUCAUCAUCAUGAUAACCAAGCUCCAGGAGCGCAAAGAGAAAUGUGUCCACUACUGGCCGGAGAAGGAGGGCACCUACGGCCCCUUCACCAUCCGCGUGCAGGGCGUGAGCGAGUGCAUCGAGUACGUGGUCCGGGAUCUCUCCAUACAGCUUGAAGGUGAAUGCCGCCAGGUCAAACACAUCCUCUUCCCUUCCUGGCCGGAUCAACAGACACCCGAGUCAGCCAAGCCCCUGCUGCACUUGGUGUCCAAGGUAGAGGAGAGUCUCCAGGCUCCAGCCAGCCCCGGGCCCAUCGUUGUGCACUGCAGCGCAGGCAUCGGCCGGACGGGCUGCUUUAUCGCUACCAGGAUCGGAUGCCAGCAGCUGAAGGACAAGGGGGAGGUGGAUAUCCUGGGAAUCGUGUGCCGGCUCCGCAUAGACAGAGGUGGGAUGAUCCAGACAAGUGAGCAGUACCAGUUCCUCCACCACACACUAGCUCUCUACGCUUCCCAGCUGCCGGAGGUGGGAGGCCACUAGCACAGGGCUCCCACCGGGCUGCUGGCUCCCCACUCUGACCUUUCCUGCACCAGCCUUGGGGACACCUCCAGCAAAACCCCGUACUGCUGCUGCCAGGCCACAGAGCAGCAGCAUGAGCAUCCCUCAGGACGAACACCUCUGAGCAAACCCAUGGGGAUUGUGGCCUCGUGACCUUGGGGACCAGCAAGAUUUGGCGGGUUCACGUGAGGGAUUCGGCAGGUGCUCGAGGUGGCUGUUGCUGCUGGCUCGAGGCAGAUUUCAUCCCUGGAAAGAAGCUUUGGCUUUUGAAACAUGCAACGUUUUAUCCUCAACCAGAAGAACGAGCUGUGGAGAGGAAUUGAAGCUGGGUGAGAGCCGGGAGCACAGUUUGCCUUUUAGCUGCACAGAAAUGUUUAACCCAUUAGAUGCAGAGCUGGCACAGUUACCCUGCAAAUAAACAGAGCCUCUGUCCUGA